AUGAGCGACGACUUCAUCCGUCUCGUAUCCCAAGCAAAUCCUGCCACUCAUCAAUACCAGCCCACCCGCAACAGCUAUGCUCCCUCCGGCCAAGCAUUGGAUCCAUUCUUCGACGAUGAGGACGAGGAGGAAGUAGUCCCCGACUCUGCGUUUGGCGCACCGGCUGCUAUGCGCUCCCAAGAGUCUGGUCUACCCUUUGCUCGCUCUGGGGCGGCUCCUGCAGGCGCGUCCCAACUCACUUUGCCCGCAACCAUCCAGCCAGACUGGUCCUUUGACGACGACGAUCAGCAACAAAUUCCUGCCGGUCAUAAGCGCAUUUUUGGUUCUCGACAACUCCCUGGCUCCGCAAAGCAUACGCAGCGCGAGAAACAGCCGCGUAAGUCAUUCGGCGAACGCAUAAAGUGGCCAUGGAAGAGGAAGGAGCAGGUUCUGACGGGCGAUCGAAUGGUUGUUCUGAACAACUCGAUUGCAAACUCUGAAUUCUGCUCCAACUAUGUGUCGACAAGCAAGUACAAUGUUGCCUCGUUCGUGCCCAAGUUCUUGUUCGAGCAAUUUUCGAAAUAUGCGAACUUGUUCUUCUUGUUCACGGCGUUGAUCCAGCAAAUACCUGGGGUGUCGCCCACGAAUCGCUGGACAACAAUUGGACCACUUGCGGUUGUGCUCUUAGCGUCGGCUUUCAAGGAAACGCAAGAGGACCUAAAACGGCAUCAGUCUGACUCUGAGUUGAACUCACGGAUGGCCAAGGUGUUGACUCCUGAAGGGACUUUUGUAGAGAAGAAGUGGAAGAAUAUCAGGGUAGGCGACGUUAUUCGGCUGGAGAGCAACGACUCCAUUCCAGCAGAUGUCAUUUUGCUGAGUUCUAGUGAACCGGAGGGGUUCUGCUACAUUGAGACAUCAAACCUAGACGGCGAGACGAACCUGAAGAUCAAACAGGCUUCUCCUCAGACAGCACACCUUACCUCCCCUCAGCUGGUAGUCGGUUUGCAUGGAACGCUCCGCUCCGAGCAUCCAAACAACUCGUUAUACACUUAUGAAGGGACUGUGGAACUCACGACCAACGAGGGAUUGCCGAGGCAAGUUCCUCUCGGACCCGACCAAAUGCUUCUUCGUGGUGCACAGAUACGAAAUACGCCAUGGGCGUAUGGCCUUGUCGUCUUCACCGGCCACGAAACAAAGCUGAUGCGGAAUGCGACGGCGGCCCCGAUCAAGAGAACUGCAGUGGAGCGUCAGGUCAAUGUUCACAUCGUCUUCUUGUUCAUACUUCUGCUCGCAUUAUCCUUGGGUUCAACGAUUGGCAGUAGUAUCAGGACGUGGUUCUUCGCCGAUCAAGAGUGGUAUCUGUAUGAGACAUCAGGGCUCGGAGACCGAGCGAAACAAUUCAUCGAAGAUAUUCUCACGUUCAUCAUCCUGUACAACAAUUUAAUCCCGAUUUCGCUCAUCGUGACCAUGGAGGUGGUAAAGUUCCAGCAGGCGCAGUUGAUCAAUUCAGAUCUUGAUAUGUACUAUGCGAAGACGGAUACUCCCGCGCUCUGUCGGACCUCGUCGCUGGUCGAGGAGCUCGGCCAGAUCGAAUUCGUGUUCAGCGAUAAAACGGGUACGCUGACAUGUAACGAGAUGGAGUUCCGGUUCUGUAGUAUUGCUGGUGUCGCAUAUGCAGACGUCGUGGACGAGAGCAGGCGGGGAGACGAGGACGGCAAGGACGGUUGGAACACAUUCGCGGAGAUGAAGGCGUUGCUGGGUCACAGUGAGAACCCGUUCCUUGACAGUAAGUCGGAGAAAGCAGAAACAACCCGCGACAGGGAGACCGUCAAUGAAUUCCUCACUCUACUUGCUGUGUGCCAUACUGUCAUCCCCGAAGUCCGUGAUGGCAAAAUGCACUACCAAGCUAGCAGUCCUGACGAGGCCGCACUAGUUGCCGGCGCGGAAUUGCUUGGGUAUCAGUUUCACACACGGAAGCCAAAAUCCGUUUUUGUCAACAUUGCUGGAACAUCGCAGGAAUUCCAGAUCUUGAACGUCUGCGAGUUCAACUCCACGCGCAAGCGGAUGUCCACCGUCGUUCGGUGCUCGGACGGCAAGAUCAAGCUGUUCUGCAAAGGCGCGGAUACCGUUAUACUGGAACGUUUGAGUGAAGAUCAGCCCUACACAGAACGGACUUUGGGCCAUCUAGAGGACUAUGCAACGGAAGGACUGCGGACUCUGUGCAUCGCGUCUCGCGACAUCUCAGAGAACGAGUAUCGACAGUGGUGUGCAGUCUAUGAUCAGGCGGCGGCAACAAUCAACGGGCGAGGAGAGGCUCUUGAUCGAGCAGCAGAGCUGAUAGAAAAGGACAUGUUCCUUCUGGGUGCUACUGCCAUCGAAGAUAAGCUGCAAGACGGCGUCCCAGAUACCAUUCAUACACUGCAGAUGGCGGGCAUCAAGGUCUGGGUCCUUACCGGAGAUCGGCAGGAAACUGCUAUCAAUAUUGGCAUGUCGUGUAGACUGAUUUCCGAGUCCAUGAAUCUGAUCACUGUGAAUGAGGAGACGAUGCUCGAUACUCAGGAAUUUAUAACAAAGCGGCUGUCUGCUAUUAAGAACCAGCGCAGCACGGGCGAACUGGGCGAACUGGAGGACCUAGCUCUCGUUAUCGACGGCAAGAGUCUUGGGUAUGCAUUAGAGAAGGAAAUCUCUUCGGCGUUCCUUGAACUUGCUCUGAUGUGCAAAGCUGUGAUCUGCUGUCGUGUGUCGCCUCUGCAAAAGGCGCUGGUGGUGAAGCUUGUCAAGAAGAAUCAGAAGUCGAUCCUACUUGCUAUUGGCGACGGUGCCAACGAUGUCAGCAUGAUCCAAGCCGCCCAUGGCCUGCAAGCCGCUCGGUCUGCCGACGUAGCCAUCUCACAGUUCAGAUUCCUCAAAAAGCUGCUACUUGUCCAUGGCUCAUGGAGUUAUCAGCGACUGUCCAAGCUGCUGCUCUAUUCAUUCUACAAGAACAUCGUGCUUUAUAUGACACAGUUUUGGUAUUCAUUCUUCAAUAGCUUCUCCGGAGAGAUCGUGUACGAAUCAUGGACGCUCUCGAUGUAUAACAUCAUCUUCACGCUCCUUCCUCCCUUCGUCAUUGGCGUGUUCGAUCAGUUUGUCUCUGCUCGCAUCCUUGAUAGAUACCCACAGCUCUAUAUGCUAGGACAGAGAAACGCGUUCUUCACGAAAACUACUUUCUGGCUUUGGGUCGUCAACGCUCUCUAUCACAGUGUCAUCCUGUUCGGCUUUUCUGUGAUCCUGUUCUGGGGCGACUUGAAGCAAUCUACCGGCUACGAUUCUGGCCACUGGUUUUGGGGCACGAUGCUAUAUUUAGCGGUUCUCCUGACGGUUCUAGGCAAGGCAGCACUCAUUUCCGAUACACGGUGGCAGGCGACUAUUCCGGGAUCUUUCGUGUUCGCUAUGCUUUUCCUCCCUCUGUAUGCAGUUGUCGCGCCUGCGAUUGGAUUUUCCACGGAAUACUAUGGGCUUGUGCCUCGACUAUGGACUGACGCCGUGUUCUACUUCAUGCUGAUACUAGUACCCAUCUUUUGCUUGACGCGGGAUUUCGUGUGGAAAUAUUACCGGAGAACAUACCGGCCAGAAUCUUACCACAUCGCGCAGGAGAUUCAGAAGUAUAACAUUCCUGAUUACCGACCACGCCAGGAGCAGUUCCAAAAAGCGAUCAAGAAAGUGCGCGCGGUGCAGCGCAUGCGGCGCAACCGAGGCUUCGCGUUUAGUCAGACGGAGAACGCGGCGCGCCAAGACCAAGCGCGACUCAUUCGGGCUUACGAUACAACGAGGACAGGAGCACGGCCUUCUGGAUACUAG